AUGAAGGUCCGAGUGAUGGGACUCAAAGUGGCCCUCAGCUCCAAACUGGCCCAGGAUUACCUCCAGGUGGUGGACUCUCUGGACGUCCCGACUCCGGACCCUCAGUUCCUCUCGGACCUCAUCAAACAGCGACACUGGGGCCAGUCUGUGCUCAUCGUCCACAACGGGGAAUUUCCUGAAAACAUUCUUAGGGCGACAGAAGAGUUGAAGACAGUGAACCUCAUUCCAGCAAUCGGUCUGAACGUCCACAGUUUGCUGAAACACGAAACUCUCAUUUUGACUUUGGAAACGAUACAAUUUCUUGAAGAGAAGUUACUUUGGCACGACACACGCUAUUCCCCUUUGUACCCGUUCAAACUGCCGUACUCCGACCUAUAA